UGAACAGUUAGAAGACGACUGAGAAGCCUGUUGAUGUGGAGAGAAUGUUGUGCUUUGGAUCUCAGACCUCUGCCUCAUGGAUCAGUUUGACUGCUCUCUGCUCAAUGGUGUGCAUGAGGAUGAGCGUUGACUGCUGGACUUACCACUACUCUGAAAACACCAUGAACUGGAGUCAAGCUAGAGCCUGGUGCCAGGAGCAUCACACUGACAUGGUGGCCAUCCAGAACCAGGAGGAGAUUGCACAUUUGGACAGCUGGUUGCCACGGAAACCCACCUACUACUGGAUCGGUCUUCGGAAGAUCCACCAUGUCUGGACCUGGGUUGGGACCAACAAGACUCUGACAGGAGUAGAGACCAACUGGGCUAUCGGUGAGCCAAAUAAUGGAAUCAGUAGACGGACGUCGGAGGAAGAGGACUGUGUGGAGAUGUACGUUAAGAGGCAGGUUCAGGCUGGGAGGUGGAACGAUGAGAGAUGUGGGAAGAGGAAGACCGCUCUGUGUUAUACAGCUUCCUGCCAGAAUGACUCCUGCUUCUAUGGAAACUGUGUAGAAACCAUUAACAGCCACAGGUGUGAAUGUUCUGAAGGCUUUUAUGGAGAAAAGUGUGACCAAGUCCAUUCACCCACAGUGGUUCAGUGUCCGGUGCUGACCUAUCCAGCCCAAGGUUCUGUGACGUGUUCUGAUCCGAUGGGUCCUUCCAGUCAUGGGUCCACUUGUGUGUUUACUUGUGACGAAGGUUACACCCUGUCUGGUCCUGGCACUUUGCGAUGUGAAGCAACUGGAAACUGGAAUGCCUCAGAGCCGUACUGUGAAGUUUAACCCUAUAACACCAAACAUAUUAUAUUUGAUACAUGAGUUUUUAAUCCCUCUACAUCACAGGUGUCGAACAUGCGGCCCGGGGGUCAAAUUUGGCCAAACAAAGGGUCCAA